CAAAUGUGCAUCAUGUUGUUCCCUCUGCUGGUGGUGUUGGGUUUGAUUCUUCUGUACAGAUGGUACAGGCAGAGUCACAUACUGGAGAAUCUCUCACAUAAAUAUGUUUUUAUCACUGGAUGUGAUUCUGGAUUUGGGAACUUGCUGGCUAAGCAGUUGGACAAACGUGGAAUGAAGGUUCUGGCUGCUUGUCUUACGGAGACUGGUGCUAAAAAUCUCAAGAAAGAGACUUCCAGCAGACUGCAAACAAGAAUCCUGGAUAUCACUGACAGCAAAAGUGUGAGUUCUGCUGCCGAGUGGGUAACAGCCAUUGUUAAAAAAGAAGGGCUUUGGGGAUUGGUAAACAAUGCUGGCUUUGGUGUUAAUUUUGGUCCCAAUGAAUGGCAAACAAAAGAAGACUUCUCCAAGGUCCUGAAUGUGAAUCUACUUGGCACGAUUGAUGUCACCAUACACUUGCUGCAUCUUGUCAGAAAAGCCCAGGGACGCAUUGUUAUUGUAUCUAGUGGUGCAGGUCGAUUGGCUGUUAUAGGUGGGGGAUAUUGCCCAUCAAAGUUUGGCCUGGAAGCUUUUUCAGACAGCUUACGGAGGGAGAUGCGUGAAUUUGGUGUCAAGGUUUCUAUUAUAGAGCCAGGAGGUUUCAAAACACCGAUGGCCCUUGCUCAGGAUAUUCAUAGAAAUUACCUAACCCGACUGUGGGAAAAACUGCCUGCACAGAUUAAGGAGAGCUAUGGAGAGGACUACUACAAGCAAAGUUUCAAGGCUUUAAAAGCAUUAACAGAAGCAACCAGCUCAAAGUUGUAUAAAGUCACAGACUGUAUGGAGCAUGCCUUGACUGCAGUUUACCCCUGGACAAGAUACUCACCGGGCUGGGACUGCAAGCUGUACUACCUACCAGUAUCCUACCUCCCCACUGCAAUCUCUGACUAUUUGCUUUGUCGGUCUGCUCCCAAACCCACUGGCAGGGCAUCGGUUGCUGAAAAAAAAUAG